GCCACCGCAACAGCAGAACCCAACAAAACAGCUACAGCCACAACUACAACACACGAAGUCUCGGAUCCUGAUUUGGCGCGCGCAAAAGAUCUGGUCAAGUUGCAUUUUGAAGUCAAGGAGGCGCAGAGGAGGGGCGAGUUGAGUCGCGGGCUGGAGGAGGCGAGGGCCAUGGUGGAGAGGGCUGUUGGAGGGUGA